UGUCAAUUGCAAUUGACUCCACAUUAUUUUAUCAACUCAAUUAGUUCCAUUAGAUCCAAUAAUUAUAAGAUGGGUAUCAAGAAUAUGUUCAAGAAAAAGGAGCCCACGGAGCAAGAGCUUCGGGAGGAUUUGAACCGGUUGGGAAUCUCCACAAGAUCAUCAAAUGGUGGACGUCCCGAGAAGUUUGGUGCCUUUAGAAAUUAUGCCCAAGAGAAACAAGCUCAAAAACCUGGGUUUGCUCCUGUGAAUCCAUAUGCCAAUGUCAAUUCAGGAGGUCCUGGCAAUAAUCCAUAUGCAUCCUCCGAUUCACAACUGGGUGAUGGAGGAAAUCCAUAUGGUAAUCAAAAUAAUAAUCAACAGACCAAUUCUCCAUAUGGUGGAGGACAGACCAAUUCUCCAUAUGGUGGGCAACAACCCACCAAUAAUGGAUCUAGUAAUCCAUACGGUGCUUCAGCCUCCACUCCACCAAAUCCAUACGCUCUGGCCACACCAAUCAAUGACCCAUAUGCCAGACAAACCACCAGAAACACUUAUGAUAGAGCACCAAAGCAAAGACAAUAUGAUGAAGAAUCAGUUUUAGAUUUGAAUCGAAUGCCUUCUAAUAUCCCCACCUCGAAAAAACCGAUCAAAAGACCGGCAUUUGAUGAAGAACUGACGUUGGACCUUAAUGAACUCCCAGAGGAGGAAGACCUCAACUUGGACUUGGAUGAACUUCCAGAAGAAGAGCAAAUCAAUUCUGAAGAUGAAGAAGUUGAGGCCAUCAGACAAGACAUCCGAUUCACCAAGCAAGAAUCCGUAGCUCUGACGAGAAAUACCUUGAGAAUGGCCCAGGAGGCCGAUGCCUCAGGAACUAACACUUUGGGGAUGUUGGGAUCUCAAUCAGAAAGAUUAUAUAAUGCCGAACAAAACUUGUUGUUGGCAGACACUCAAACCAAGAUUGCCCAAGACAAAGUCGAACAAUUGAGAAGACUUAACCGGUCGAUUUUCAUCCCUGCCACCUCGGUGAACCCAUUCAACAAGAAGGGAAAGUUGAGACAACGAGAACUGAAGCUCAAGACCGAGAAGGCCCAGGAGAAGUACUUGCGUGAAACAAACCGUAAGGGGGUCUACGACAGUGAACAGAGAAUCAAAGAGGGGAUCACCAACAACGCCACCAAUUCGGAGGUCCAUCAGAAAUACCAGGGUGCAAAGCUGUUGGAAGCCGCUCAACGAUACCAAUUUGAAAACGAUAGUGAAGACGAUGAGAUGGAAAAGGAAUUGGCCUCGAAUCUUGACCAGAUUGCCGCCUAUCUGAAGAAGUUGAAGAGUUCUGCACGCACCAUGGGACAAGAAGUUGAAUCCCAAAACGAAAGAUUGCGCAAGAUUGAAGAUGAUGCUGACAGAUUGGAUAUUAAUGUGCACUUGAAUAACACCAGAUUAAGCAAUAUUCGAUAA